UUUGAAACUAGUAACACCUUGAAUUUUGAUCAUAUGACAGUCAGCUACUCAGUUUCAUUCACUAUGGGUGUGAAAAUGGCUCUCUUUUGGAUAACAAUUGUUAUAUCCAUAAUUGGAUCCCAUGCUGCAGGCGAGCUAAGUAUACUGCAUAGCCCACAAUCCUUGAAGUUUUCGGGUUCCAGUGAGGUUCCAGAGAGCUUAUUAAAAGAAGUCUUUUCAGCUUCUUUGGGAUUAUCUGUUGAGGAGAAUUCUGACUGGAAUGGACUGUCUCUUGUUGAUCCCUUCAAUACCCCAGAAGCUGUUGUGGAGGUGCAUGUCGAUGGUAUUACAUCACUGGGAGAAAAUAAUGGAAUGAAAGCCAAAAACUAUCCCUUGGUUGUGGAUGAAUAUGUUCCUGACACCUAUGAAGCUCUUGAGCACAGAAUAAACCAACGUUUCAACAACCGUGGAAACAAAUUGGUUAAUGCCAAGCUUUCUGAUCCCGAGGAUCUGAUUUCUUUGUCGAGUGUCUUUGGAGAGAUUGUGCCUCCCAAAGUGAGCAAGCAGUCGUUGCAACACCUCAAACUUGAUUCAUAUGAAGAAGAUUAUCUGUUCCUGUAUGAGUUGGAAGUCCUAAAGUCUAUCACUGCUAAGGUUAAAUCAGGAGUACUGAAUGCUGACAAUGUGAUAGAUUUCUAUUACUUUAAAUUCACUUCUCUGCAUGCACUCUCCGAUUACCAUGGCCCUAACUCUCUACAAACUAAGGAAGCUAAGAAAUUAUUAAGUGAGGCUUUGAGAGAUUUGAGCAAAGCAUUCUCCAAGGCUUAUGAUGGUUCAGUACUAUUCACAGUUGUCACCACUGACUUUGUGCACACUCGCAGAACAGUGAGAGCUGCUCCUCGGGAUGUUAUGGAGGACAUACAGAAUGAUAACUACUCUGCUGACUACUCUGCCAUCUUCAACAUUAUUCUCUGGUUCGGAGUCAUUUUCACAUUCGCCCUAGUAGCCAUUGUUUACGCCAUUAUGGAUAUGGACCCAGGCAGGGAUUCCAUCAUCUACAGAAUGACCAACACCCGUAUGAAGAAAGAUAAUUAAAUCUCGCACAACACUCUGCAUACUAGUCAUGCAUAGUGCUUAGAAAUACAAAUUGUGCAUUAAACAUUUGUAUUUAAUUUCGUUAUUCCACUACAGAUUAUAAGUGAUGUAGAAAAUCCAAUUCUAACUUAUUUGAUAAGUGUAAAAUAGUAUUAUUGUUUCAAUAAACAUUGUUCCAAAAAGUUU